AUGGAGGCCAUCAAGAAGAAGAUGCUUAUGCUGAAGUUGGACAAGGAGAAUGCACUGGACCAGGCUGAACAAGCUGAAGCAGACAAGAAAGCAGCUGAAGACAGAAGCAAACAGCAUGAAGAUGAAAUUCUGCAAAUGCAAAAGAAGCUGAAGGGGACAGAAGACGAGCUUGAUAAAUACUCUGAGGCCCUGAAGGAUGCUCAGGAGAAGCUUGAGGUGGCUGACAAGAAGGCUGCUGAUGCUGAAGCAGAGGUAGCUUCCCUGAACAGACGUAUCCAGCUAGUGGAGGAGGAGUUGGACCGAGCUCAGGAGAGACUGGCAACGGCUCUGCAGAAGCUGGAGGAGGCUGAGAAGGCUGCUGAUGAGAGCGAGAGAGGUAUGAAGGUGAUUGAGAACAGAGCUCUAAAGGAUGAGGAGAAGAUGGAGCUUCAGGAGAUUCAGUUGAAGGAGGCUAAACACAUCGCAGAGGAGGCUGAUCGCAAGUACGAGGAGGUGGCUCGUAAACUGGUGAUUGUAGAAGGAGAGCUGGAGCGUACAGAGGAGAGAGCAGAACUGGCUGAAGCUAAAUGCGCUGAACUGGAGGAGGAACUGAAGAAUGUAACCAAUAACCUGAAGUCUCUGGAGGCCCAGGCUGAGAAGUACUCUCAAAAGGAGGACAAGUAUGAGGAAGAGAUCAAGAUCCUGACUGAUAAGCUGAAAGAGGCUGAGACCAGAGCUGAGUUUGCUGAGAGAUCUGUGGCCAAGCUGGAGAAGACUAUUGAUGACCUGGAGGAUGAGCUUUACGCACAGAAACUCAAGUACAAAGCCAUCAGUGAGGAACUGGACCAUGCCCUCAAUGACAUGACCUCUAUCUAAACGUCCGGAAGCUCCACCAUCCUGUCAGGUUGUCCGUUCCAGACUCAGCCACUACUGCUGAACACUGUCUCUUGGCUCACUCAGUCCCUCUCCACAGCACCCUCCCCUUUAUUUCGUCUCAUCUAUCUUUCCUCAUUCCUCAACUGUACCGAACUGCUGAAAUGUGUGUUUGCCUGUUGUACUUUGUUUUUAGCACUUUGUUAAUGCAUCGGCUGAUCUUGCACCUUUUCAAUUGGUGUCUAGUCAUCUGAUUGUCAUUGUUCGUUUAAUGUUUUCUGUUUUAGGAUGUUUGUCUUACUUUACUUUUCAUUGUACUUCUGCAUCAACUCUUCUGUACAGUAAACAUGAGAGGGAAGAAAGCU